GACGGGCGUGUCUUAACAGAGCGGGGCCUAUGGGCGUUCCCCGUAGAACGAGGAUACACAGUUGCAUUUUUAAAAAAACACACACUCGUACCACGUGGGGGCGUGACGUCAGCGGUUGGCGGAGGAGAGCGCUUUGAGUCCGGGCUGGUCGUUGUUAGAUAUCGGCGGACGUUGGUCGGAGAGCUCUCGGUCUGUCAGGAGCGGGUCACUGGAAGGCUGAGGCGAUAAAACGAGGAGGUGUUCAUCUGUAAACCCCCAAUGUUGCUUCAAGAGACGAGUGCUGGAGACCUCCUGACAAAGGCGUCAGCCCAGGGGGACAUGGAGGAGGUGCAGAGACUGCUGCAUCAAGAGAGGAUACAUCCCGACUGUCUCAACCACUUCGGGAGGACCGCGUUGCAGGUGAUGAUGUUCGGUAGUACGUCCAUAGCAUCAGAACUGCUGAAACAAGGAGCUACGGCAAACAUUCAAGACUCGCAUGGAAUAACGCCGGCACACGAUGCAGCUCGCACAGGCUUCCUCGACACGUUGCAGAUCCUGGUUCAGUACGGCGCAGAUCUUAACGUGCCCGAUGUCACGGGGUCUCUUCCUAUCCACCUGGCUCUUCGUGAAGGCCACCUUCCUGUCGUUGUCUACCUCGCCUCAAGAUCGAACCUGCAGCAUCGCGACCGAGAGGGGCGAACGCCCUUGCAGCUCGCCUCCAUGCUUAAUCCCAGCCUUGCAGCUGUUUUGGAGCAGUAUACGUAGAAGAAAACAUGGAAGAGGCCACAUGAACAACAGAUGGUGGGAUCCAUAUUGUUAACGCUGUGUGUUUGGUAUUGUCCAUCUGUCGUAUUAUUUAGCACAGCUUAAAUUCUAUAGAUGACUUUAUUGGACAGGUUUAAAGUGCAUCAAUCUCCAUGCAAUGUGAAGAAAGUCAUUGUGUGUCCUAACGGCCACAGUAGACUCCAUUUGGUUUUAGUGGAGCCAAUCGCACCCCACAUAAGUCAGCCAUAUCAUGAAUUCCUUGAGACUGGCUGAACCAAUGUGGAGUUUUGGCUUCUUUUACAAAAUAGCCACCUCUGUUGUUGAUCAACUCAUGCACUUUAUCUUUCUGAUCUGUUCAUAUUGAAGUUUAUCAAUGCACAGAAAUAUUCAGUUGGAUGGUGGAAAGAAAGCAGACUGUUUAUGGGUUUCAGCAGAUAUCAUUAUUGCUCUUUGCACCAUCUUAUUGGAUAAGCAUGUUAAUGUCUGGCUUUCUAGAGACUUCUUGGGUGUAUAUAAUGAUAUGUGUAUGUAUAUAAUUUAAGUGUGUACUUAUGGCCGGUUAUGUGCAGUUCUUUUAAUUUUUUAUUUUUUUAUUUUUUAA